AUGUCGGCCUCCAGUGGUUCCAAACUAGACCACGAACUUAACCAACUUCUGUACCAUGCCUUGCAAAAUCAAAACGCCAAAGAAGUGAUCCACCUCUGCCGGGAAGCUCCGGAUGGUCCAUUGCACAUAACGAGUAUACACAAGGACACUGUUCUUCAUCUAGCCUGCUACUCCAAACAACGUGAUCUUGCCCUUGAAUUGGUUAGAUUGUUGCCCAACAAUCUUAACCAGCCCCUGACCGAAGUUAGAAACGAUGUUCGAAACACGAUACUCCACGAAGUAGCCACAUCCAACCGGAUGGCGGAUGUGGCCGUGGAAAUGUUGAAAAAAGAACCCAUGUUGCUAAGUGCUCGUAAUAACUUGGGAGAGACGCCGCUCUUUCGAGCAGUCCGGUUCGGGAAAAUUCGUAUGUUCAAUCUUCUAGCGGACGAAGUUGAUAAAGACCAUGAUCAGGAAGGUGGUAAAGAGCAUUUCCAAAGUAAAGAUAAGACAUCUAUUCUUCAUAUUGCUAUUAUUACUGAACAUUUUGAGUUGGCAAUGUUGAUUGUGAGGAGGUACCCAUAUUUAAUUGGCAUGAAAGAUGGUAACAACAGGACAGCUCUUCAACAUCUUGCAACUAAUCCAUCGGCAUUUCGAAGCGGAUGCAAACAUGGACUCUUCAAGGGACUCAUCUAUAAUUGUAUUCCAAUCAAGAAAAAGACCAUGGAAGGAAAAGAUCUAAGGACCAAAAGCUCCGUUAAAUGGCAUUUGAAAUUGCCCAUUUGGGAAGAACUUGGACGUGAAAAGCAGAGACAUGCUUAUGCCUGGGAACUUGCCCAGGAGUUAAUUAAAAACGAUACUUCAUGGGAUGUUCCUGAAACUGCAGCACUUAAUCAAGGUAAGCCUAAUCAAGAGAAAAGCGAUGGCUCGUCUGGGUCGUUGCUAGAAAGAGGAAGAGAAGGGCUCUGUAUUGCCUCCCAACACCUAGAGGAAAAUAAAGGACAAUGCUGCAACGAGGAAAAAACUAAAACUUCCAUGACAGGGAUCAAGACUGAUGAAACUCCAUUAUUUUUGGCAACAACUUGGAGUAUUACAGAGCUUGUGGAAGAAAUACUAGAGAAAUAUCCUCAGGCAGUUGAGCAUGUUAACAAAAAAGGAAGGAACAUAUUACAUGUAGCCAUUCAAUACCGCCAAAUGAAGAUUUUUGAUAUGGUUACAAAGAAUGAUAUGAUAGCAAGGAGGCUGUUGCGAGCCACAGACGCGCAAGGGAACUCCUUACUGCAUACGGUUGCCGAAAAUAGGAAAGGUCUUAUCAUGGAAAGUUCCCAAGGCCCCGCACUCGACUUGCAAGAUCAGUUGCUCCUUUUUGAGAAAGUGAAGAACUUAGUUAAAUCCGAUUUCUUCAGGCUCUUCAACCAUAGGACCAGACUGCUGAAGAGUUAUUUGCUGAGAACUAUUCUAAACUUCAUGAGGAUUCCAAAAAAUGGCUGGAGGAAACCUCUAAAAAUUGCACUAUUGUGGCUGUUCUUAUCGCCACUGUCGCCUUUGCUGCCGCCUACACCGUACCUGGAGGUAAUCAAGAAAGCAGUGGUAUUCCAGUCCUUCACUCCAAACCCUUCUUCGUGGUUUUCACCUUGGGUGAUGUAA